GUGCCGUUUCGCCGCGCAUUGCGCGUGUGCGGGCGCUCUUCCGGCACCGUGGGCGCUGCGUUGCCACGCAUCGCGCGUGCGCGGGCGCUCUUCCGGUGCCGCGGGUGCUGCUGCCGCGCGUAGUGCCUGCGCGGGCUCUCUUCCGGUUCUGCGGCGCCUCCUCGGCGUGUGGCGCGCUGCGGCCGCCUCCUUGGCGUGGUGUCGUCGCCAUUAGGGGGUGUCCACUCUGCAAACUCGGGUGCGUGGACACCCUGCGUGGCUCGGUGAAUUGUUCUUAGAUAUCUCUCCUAUUUAUAUUUUUAUUAUUUAUUUAUUCUACUCUAAGGGGGUGACCGAUUUGGAAACUUCGUGCGCGCGGUCACCCCAGGCAAUUUCUGGAUAUUUUUGGAAAAAAGUGGGGGGACCGAACUAAAAACUCUUGCGCACUGGCCCCCCACGCAUAGUAGAUUCAAUUCCAGCUCUCUUAAGCCAAAGCAGGGGGGGUCCAAUUUAGGACCAUAAGUCGCGGACCCCUCCUACCGAGCCACGGGACCCUCCACAGUAGUACACACACAUUUCUCAUAAAUUCCUCGGUGUGCCGGACCCGAUGGAGGUAACGCUGGAAUACCCACUGCCCAUUGAAUGGGAAAACAAACCGCGCUGCCCCCGAUGCUGGGAAGCAAGACUCGCGGGGGCAGCGAUACCGUGUACAGGGGGCGCCUUCAGCGACGCGGCGCACCUUGCAAAACAUCUCAAGGCAAAACACCCGGGGGAUUAUAUCACCUAUAAAUGCUCACUAUGUAACUUUAAGGGGGGAUCUAGAUACCCCCUUAAGGAUGUAAAAGCGCACUACGCCAAAGUCCACAGCGCGAAUAAUUCUUCAUCCUCCCGGGUGGGUGCGUCGCGACCGGGCACUCGCGGCAACAGUGACGUCGGUGAGCAGAGCGAUUCGGGUGCGCGUUCUCGCGUUACCGGCGCAACCGCGCGACCGAGGGGGAGUAACCCACCCGCACAAGACCCGCGGCAACCGAGGUUGUCCUUCCGGUCCACCCCACCGCCAGGACCAUCGGGGGCCACGAGAAGAAGCGCAACACCGCCAACCGCUGCAGCAGGGUCCCCCUCAUACGCGACGGUGACUGCGGGCGAAUUACCAUCCCGCCCACCAGCGCCAGUGGAGGCCCGCCGUCACUCCGCCGCACAAGCCAUGCCCCACACAACAACAACAGCAGCAGCAGCAUCAACAUCAGCAGCAGCAGCCGCCGCAGCUGCAACAUCAGCAGGGCCGCCGACGACCGCCACAGGCAAGCCUAGAGUGUUGUCGGUGCAGCUGGUGAGGCUGCCAAUCAAGAUCAAGGCCGCAAGGCCCGCGACGACGCGGGCCAAACCAACACCUCUCAUACGGCCCGCGCCGACUGGAGCGACGCGGGCGAGUGUGAGUGCGGCCAAUAGCCAGUCGGUCGCUACCAGAUCGGCACGCGCUCCCUCCCACCCCCCGCAGCGAACGUCACCUGUCGCGGGGGCAUCAGCAUCAUCCUCCACCACCACCAGAUGGAGCGGGGAGGGGGCACAGAGGUCGCCGCUCGACAGGCGGACCCCGCCUGCGCGUAAUGCGGGCGGGCAAUCCGUCGCCACGAGGACGCGACGGGCGACGAGCGUGCCGACCGAGAAGAGCGACAGCGCGGCAAGACUGGAGUGCGUCCCCCCGCACCCCCGCACAAGGGGUGCGGCCACGAGCAUCGGCAAAGCAGGGGGGACGAAGGAGAAGCCGCCCGACAGCACUCCGCCGACCAACGUCCAAGGCGGGGUCGCAACGAGGACGAGGAGUCGGGCGAGCAGCACUCCAGUCGAGAAGAGCGCACUAGAGGCGCGACUGGCUGCCCUGGACAGACCACCGCCUGGGGCGAAAGGCAGCGCGGCGUCGCGGAGCGCGAGUGACACGGCACAGCAAGGAACAUCGAGAGAGUCACCCGCGCGGUCCCCCAGUCUGCCGCAGACCACCCGCGGCAGCCCAACGGGGGGCCGAUCCAACAUCCAUCCCGCGACGUCGCUCCCGGCAACACUGACGACCUGCACGGUGACAACUACAACGUGCGGGGGUCCAGUGAUGUCCACUGGACUCCCCGUGGGAAAGGGCCGCAGUCCACCGCGGCCAUCCCUCCUGCCUACCAUCCUGGAGGCGUCACCGUGCGUGGCGGCCGUCCCGACAACACCCGGCGAGCAGAGGACCUCCCCGCAGACAGCGCCAUCGUCGCCGGGGGUGGGGGUCCGGCGGCGGCGGGGCGCGGCCAUCAUCCUCUCAUCCGACAGCGAGGGGGACGAGGGUGAACCGUGGAGGACACACCGAGGGAGAAGAGCGGGAAGAAGACACACUCCACCUGGUCUCCCCCCAAACUCGCGGUCCCCUCCGGUCGCGCACGCGAGACCGACGCCCGAAACCGCGAAAACAGCGUCGGCGAACUCCCGCGCUAACGCGAGCCCGCGUGGGAGUUUUAGCGAUACCAACAACAAUAGUUUUGAAGAUACGGUCCAUUCCAGCCAAUCCGUCCGACCACCACCAUCGACGGAGGCGGCAAGUCGUCGCGGGACAUCGCUGGAGGACCGUGUAGGAGGAGACACCGGGAAUGGUGCUGCGCGGGUAAGUGCCGAACACCCGUGUGCUCCCGUAUGUGCCCGCGGUGUGAUGGGUCGGCGGGCGCAACCGUUACCCAUCGUGCCACCCCGUGAGGAAGGCGGAGCACCUCCGAACCUUGUCGGUCGUCACGGGGGCCGGGAGCGGCACCACGGUCGGCGGCGCGUCGACGCACCGGUCGCUCAGCCGUCUCGGGGCUACCCCGUGCCUGUUGCUGUCGUCAGGCAGCGCAGGCGCGAGUUGGUGGCCGACCGAGACGCGCUGGUCGAACGGGCGGCGAACGUCGCUACGAUUGCUGACCUGGAGGCGUACGCGGCUUCGGUCGCUGCGUGGUUCGGGGAGGACGCAACGGAAGGGGCCGGCGGUGCCGCGCCCGGCGUCCAAGGCCGGCCAAAUCGGCGGCGGAACGCCGGGGCGCGUCGGGGGGCGAGGGGAGGUGUGCCUCCGGGGGGAGAGGGUGACAGUCGUGCGGGGCAAGCUUCACUUGGCCCCGCGACGUCACAGGAGGAGCACGGGGGCUGGGUGCGCGAGGCCAAGCGCUUACAGGCGCUGUACAGGACAAACCGUCGCAAGGCAGUGCGAGAGAUCCUCCAGGGGCCUGCUGACCUCUGCCAGGUGCCCAGGCAGCAGGUUCAGGAAUAUUUCGAGCGCUUGUACCGCGGCGGGGAGGAUCUGGCCGGCGGCGGCGUGCAGGCUGAGCCCACUGACCCCUCGGACGUAGCGGGGGAGUUCGAAUACCUCGCGGAUCCCGAGAUGAUCUUGGAGUGCCGGGGUCCCAGAGGCGCCACGGUGAAGAUUCCGCCUGGUGCGCGCGCCCAGGUAGUGGGUCGGUUGCGCUCAGCUGUAGCGGAAUAUUACGCGAGUACCUUGCUCGCGAAGCGAGAUCAGGGUAAGGUCUUCGAGGUGUCGUCGCGGUGCCGAGUGAGCAAUCACUUUAUCCGUGGCGGCAGCUUUACCCGCUUCGCCGAUUGGCGUUUUAUCCACAAGGCGCGGCUGGACGUGCUCCCUCUCAACGGCGCGCGCCGUUGGGGGGAUGGAGACAAGCGCUGUCGUCGUUGCGGGGAAGUAUCGGAGACAUUACCCCACGUGCUCUGCCACUGCGGCGUCCACUCUGCCGCAAUACAGCUGAGGCACAAUGCCGUCUUGCACCGCCUCUGGAAGGCUUGUCGUAUGCCGGGGGAAAAGCGGGUAAACCAGCGGAUCGAGGGGAUCGACGGGGAACUUGGCGAGCUACGACCUGAUCUCGUGAUCAGGCACGAGCCCUCCAAGAGUGUCGUCAUAUGCGACGUGACGGUGCCCUUUGAGAACCGUUGGGAGGCUUUCGAGGACGCUAGGGCGAGGAAAAUAGCCAAGUACUCGCCACUAGCUGAGGAGCUCCAGCGCAGGGGGUACCGUGUGGUCGUGACGGCCUUCGUCGUCGGUGCCCUCGGGUCAUGGGAUCCGAGAAACGAAGCGGUGCUGAGACUGCUGCGGAUUGGCACCCCGUACGCGUCACUGAUGCGCCGUCUGAUGGUCUCGGAUACCAUCCGCUGGUCCAGGGACAUCUACGUGGAGCACGUGUCUGGCACUCGCCAGUACCGGGCUCCUCCUCGCCCCGCCGGUGGUGGAUUUGCGACGCCGCCUCGGGCCAUUCGCCGACGCUGGCUCGCCGACGAAGGGACUCAGAAUAUUAAACUGAUUUUUGGAGCCGGGUGGGUGUCCGGAGCUUGCUCCGACCCCGCCGCGGGUCGACUGGGCAUUGCAGUGCCGUCCAGUUCGGCCCAUCGCGAGUGCGAGUGUCCAGUGCGAGCGGAGGACCAACCGGAAGGCUGGAGGCGCCCAUAUAGAGGACCCACACCGGAUCUGGCACACCGAUACCCCCUUAAGGAUGUAAAAGCGCACUACGCCAAAGUUCACAGCGCGAAUAAUUCUUCAUCCUCCCGGGUGGGUGCGUCGCGACCGGGCACUCGCGGCAACAGUGACGUCGGUGAGCAGAGCGAUUCGGGUGCGCGUUCUCGCGUUACCGGCGCAACCGCGCGACCGAGGGGGAGUAACCCACCCGCACAAGACCCGCGGCAACCGAGGUUGUCCUUCCGGUCCACCCCACCGCCAGGACCAUCGGGGGCCACGAGAAGAAGCGCAACACCGCCAACCGCUGCAGCAGGGUCCCCCUCAUACGCGACGGUGACUGCGGGCGAAUUACCAUCCCGCCCACCAGCGCCAGUGGAGGCCCGCCCAGCAGCCGCCGCAGCUGCAACAUCAGCAGGGCCGCCGACGACCGCCACAGGCAAGCCUAGAGUGUUGUCGGUGCAGCUGGUGAGGCUGCCAAUCAAGAUCAAGGCCGCAAGGCCCGCGACGACGCGGGCCAAACCAACACCUCUCAUACGGCCCGCGCCGACUGGAGCGACGCGGGCGAGUGUGAGUGCGGCCAAUAGCCAGUCGGUCGCUACCAGAUCGGCACGCGCUCCCUCCCACCCCCCGCAGCGAACGUCACCUGUCGCGGGGGCAUCAGCAUCAUCCUCCACCACCACCAGAUGGAGCGGGGAGGGGGCACAGAGGUCGCCGCUCGACAGGCGGACCCCGCCUGCGCGUAAUGCGGGCGGGCAAUCCGUCGCCACGAGGACGCGACGGGCGACGAGCGUGCCGACCGAGAAGAGCGACAGCGCGGCAAGACUGGAGUGCGUCCCCCCGCACCCCCGCACAAGGGGUGCGGCCACGAGCAUCGGCAAAGCAGGGGGGACGAAGGAGAAGCCGCCCGACAGCACUCCGCCGACCAACGUCCAAGGCGGGGUCGCAACGAGGACGAGGAGUCGGGCGAGCAGCACUCCAGUCGAGAAGAGCGCACUAGAGGCGCGACUGGCUGCCCUGGACAGACCACCGCCUGGGGCGAAAGGCAGCGCGGCGUCGCGGAGCGCGAGUGACACGGCACAGCAAGGAACAUCGAGAGAGUCACCCGCGCGGUCCCCCAGUCUGCCGCAGACCACCCGCGGCAGCCCAACGGGGGGCCGAUCCAACAUCCAUCCCGCGACGUCGCUCCCGGCAACACUGACGACCUGCACGGUGACAACUACAACGUGCGGGGGUCCAGUGAUGUCCACUGGACUCCCCGUGGGAAAGGGCCGCAGUCCACCGCGGCCAUCCCUCCUGCCUACCAUCCUGGAGGCGUCACCGUGCGUGGCGGCCGUCCCGACAACACCCGGCGAGCAGAGGACCUCCCCGCAGACAGCGCCAUCGUCGCCGGGGCCAAUCCGUCCGACCACCACCAUCGACGGAGGCGGCAAGUCGUCGCGGGACAUCGCUGGAGGACCGUGUAGGAGGAGACACGCGGGAAUGGUGCUGCGCGGGUAA